GUAAAAUUGCCGAACUGCACACACAACUGCGGUCGUGCGAUGCCAUGCUCAGCGCAAUGGAGGAGAUGCUGACUGUGUUCCAGAAGGACUUGGGGUCCAUCUCCACAGACAUCCAGACGCUGCAGUCGCAGAGCAUUGUUAUGAAUGAGAAGCUCAGCAACCGCCGAGCUGUCGAAGCCAAGCUUAGUACUGUGAUCCACGAAGCG